GUCUGGUCGCUUCAGUGAGCGUCGUGCUUGUGUAACGAACGGGUUUCCUAGUCGCUUCCGUAAAACGCGCAUACUUUGUUUUUAUUUAUAUUAAUUUCUUCGCUUGGUUUUGAGCAGUUGAGUAUUUGCAACUUGAAGUGGAUUUGUUUGUGCCUUUGCUGAGGAUUAUAUUUUCUAUGAUUAUGGCUAAUUCUAGCGCUAUCUGCUGAGAGCCGUUCGCAUCCAGGAAGUUCGGUUGGAACCUCCUCUUUCUCAUCAUCAGGACGCAAUCAGAGAAGAAUUCAAGGAUGAACGUUGUUCCACUGCUUACAGUCGUUUUGCUUGCUCUGCUGGGCUCGGCGGAAUCUGUGCUCGAAGGACCGAACAUAUGCACGAGGAAAGAACCGUAUUCGGUGACGGUGUUGAUAACGGAGAAGCAGCCCGUGCAGACGAGACAUUACGUGUGGUGUUUGAGCGUUCCACCGAGAUGCUCCAAGUACAAGAUAGAGUACAAGACGGUGAACAAAACGCAAGUCUUGCACAAGUACCGAUUCAUGGAUGACUGCUGCAAGGGUUACGCGAAGAACGAGGCGGAAACUGGAUGCGUUCCAAUCUGCAGCGAGGAUUGCUUGCACGGUGUCUGCGUGGCGCCCGAAACCUGCAAGUGCGAGAGCGGUUACGGAGGACCGAAAUGCAACAUCUCUUGUCCUGAUGGUUUUUACGGGCCAGACUGCCAAAACAAGUGCAAAUGUCAGAACGGCGCCACCUGCGAUCCCUACAACGGCAAGUGUAGCUGCACCAGAGGGUACGUGGGGGACGUGUGCGAGUCGCGUUGCUCUGAAGGUAUGUACGGGCUGAACUGCGAGGAGAAAUGCAGAUGCAAGAACGGUAGGUGCGACCACGUUUCCGGAGAGUGCAUCUGCCAUCCUGGAUGGACGGGACCACUGUGCGAAGAUAGAUGUCCUUUGGGGAAGCACGGAAGAGAGUGCAAAUCCGAGUGCCGUUGCCAGAACGGCGGAUACUGUCAUCCGGAGUCUGGGGAAUGUUCGUGCACGGAUGGAUGGACGGGACCGGUCUGCGGGAAUCGGUGUCCAUUCGGACAGUGGGGAACGAAUUGCUCGCACGAUUGCAACUGCUACAACGGCGCCCAAUGUCACCACGUCUCGGGGAUGUGUUCGUGUCUGCCCGGUUUCAAGGGUGAUAGGUGUUUGGACAUUUGUCCACAAGGCACGUUCGGAUUAGAUUGUGCGGAGCAAUGCUUGUGCAUGAACGGCGCGAAAUGUUCGAACGUGAAUGGAACUUGCUCUUGUACCAAAGGAUGGAAAGGUCCGCAUUGCAGCGAAAGGAUAUGCGAUCACUACAAGCACGGACCGAGGUGCGAAGAGUGCGACUGCCACCCGGACAACUCCAUCGAUUGUCAUCCUUGGAGUGGUGAGUGCGAAUGCAAACCAGGCUGGAAGAGCAGGGAAUGCACGAGGCCGUGCCCGUUGCUCACCUACGGCAUGGGCUGUUCGAAUCAGUGCAACUGCACGAACGGCGCUAAAUGCUCACCAAUUAACGGCACUUGCUUCUGCUUGCCCGGCUUCACCGGUGAACAAUGCGAGACUCCCUGUGCUGUUGGCACCUUCGGCGAAGACUGCUCAAUCAAAUGCAACUGUCUGAACGGUGCGACUUGCUCCUCGGAGACUGGCCAAUGCCAAUGCACCGGCGGUUGGCAAGGCAACAUCUGCGAUAGGCCCUGCGACGAGUGGCAUUUUGGCCCCAAUUGUAAUACGAACUGCGCUUGCAAAAACGGCGCCUCCUGCAAUCCACAGAACGGCACUUGCACGUGCAGCUCAGGUUUUCACGGCGAUCUGUGCGAGAAACCCUGCGAGCCGGGAUUCUUCGGCCCAAACUGCACUCAGGUCUGCACUUGCCUGGAGGGGCACAGUCUGGGUUGCGAUCCGGUCUCUGGUAAAUGCAUUUGCAAACCGGAAUGGAAAGGUGUGACCUGCGAGUCUUCGUGUCCUCUGGGUCGUUUCGGCAACGACUGCGAGAAUCUCUGCAACUGCAAGAACAACAGUUCUUGUGAUCCCAACACCGGCGAGUGCAUCUGCUCGCGCGGUUGGCAAGGUCCGGACUGUUCGGAGCCGUGCGCCAACGGUUUCUACGGCAUCGGAUGCAAGCAGAAAUGUCGGCAGGGAAUUUCUUUGGACAACAAAACAUGCGAUCACAUCACCGGCGAGUACGUGUGCAAACCAGGCUAUAUCGGUCUCACCUGCAAGCAUCCAUGUCCUACGGACACCUUCGGCAAAGGUUGCGAGCAAAAAUGCGUCUGCAAGAACGGAGCGGAUUGCAAUCACGAGACCGGAGAGUGCAGAUGUUUGGCCGGUUGGAUUGGGAAGAACUGCAGCACAUCGUGUCCAGAGGGAAUGUACGGAUUCAACUGCUCGCAGCACUGCAAAUGCGAGAACGGCGGCAUCUGCAGAAGGGUGGACGGCGUCUGCAAGUGCCAGCCCGGAUGGACAGGAACGACCUGUUCAGAUAUUUGUCCGGAAGGAUAUUACGAUGAUCACUGCAUGAAACCGUGCAACUGCGAGAGCGACAACUUUCAGUGUCAUCCGGCGAACGGUUGCAUCUGCAGACACGGCUUCACCGGCGACAAAUGCGACGUUCCGAUGACGGCGUUCAACAAGAAAUCGCAAGAGUUGGAUGAGACGAGCAGCGGUGGAAUCAUCGCCGGUUUCUUCGUCUCGUUCAUCGUCGUCGCAAUCUUCGCCGUGAUAUUCCUCUAUUAUAGAAGACGCGUCGCAAAUUUGAAGACGGAGAUUGCGCACGUCCAGUACAUCGCCGAUCAGAACGGUUUCUCGCCGGACGUUGUCACCGUCGACAGGAAUCACUUCGACAAUCCGGUCUACUCUUUCCAGAACGGCGGACCGAAGAGGGAGGAGGACAGUUUGCUCAAUAACACCACCCUCAUCAGGAAUAAUCUGAAGCAGAACAAUCUGGAGAAGCAGAGACGUGGUGGUGGUGCGUGCUGUUCCUCUUCUGCCGACGACGACGAACUCAGCCUGAAAGGAACAACGUACAGUUCAAACGAGUUCCUGAAGAAUCGCGACGCGGAUGCCACCAAUCCGAACAUCUAUCACAGCAUCGAGAAGAUCGACCACGUCUACGAUGAAAUCAAGCAAAAAGACAAGGACAUGGUUGUGUACGAUCAUCUGGACUACACGAGACCAGCAAACUCUCAAAUGUCCAAUUAUCAAAGGAUGCCCGGCACCGAUUCAACGACAACCAGCAAAGAUGAUCUCUCAGAGAACGUAAGAGACGGCGGCGGCGCGUAAUUCCAUAAAUCCGUGUGCUCAAGAGAACACUCACUCUCUCUCCUCAUCUCAAAUAAAUCUCCUCGGAAGUGACGUGAAAACCCUAUCAUAAUAUUCGUAUCUUGUAGAUAGUUGUCCAAUGUUAUUUUAUAUAGAUAUAUAAAAAUAUAUCGAGUGUGCGCGUUUUGUAUAUAUACAUAUAUAUGUCAUCUGUGUAAGAUGAAAUGAGGAAAUUUAAACAAAUUUAUUAUAUAUAUUGAUUGUUUUUUUGUUUGUUUAUGUCGUUUUGUUUCUGUGAUAACAAAAAAUAUUAAUUGUAUUUAUCUGUACUAGCGUGUAUUGUGUGCAGGUGAUAAAAAAAGAAACAAAAACAAAUCAGAGGAACGACGACGACGUUGAUCGAUUGCUGCUGCUGAAGAUGAUGCGAAUAGUAAUACUUUAUAUUAAUUUUUCUUUUCCUACAAAAUCGACGGUGAUUAAAUCGAUUGUACUGCAAUAAAAUAUAUGUAAUGACGUUGAAUUAUAAAUAAAUAUUUUUAAUAUUUA